AUGUCCAAGGCAAAAAUGGUAGCGGGCACUAUGAAAAAACUUUCUUGUCUGGCCAUAAGAAAAUACAACUGUCUUGUAAAGCCGUGCUGGUGUACAAGUCCAUCCCUGACUCACGGCAAUGUCAGUCCAGGUACGUUUUCCUAUAACUCGUUAAAAAUUUUUUGCAAGAGGCACUUUACUUAUGAGAAGAAUGAUGUAACGCUAGAUUGGGAGGAUGCAGAUGACAUAGCAGACUUACUUUUGGAGGAAUACAAAAAUGUAGACCCAUUAACGUUGCGAUUUGAGGAGUUAGAAAACAUGGUAAUGGACACCGUUGUGAAGAAAAACAAAAAGAAGUUAAGCGGCAGGUGUAAUGAAGGCGCUCUGGAAAAUAUUCAAAUGAAUUGGCUGGAAAAAUAUAAUGAGGAGGAUAGUUAA